AUGGAAAUCAAUUUUUACAAAUUAGCAUUGACGUUGUUCACAGUUUUGUCUCUGUUGUUUGAUCUGGGCAAUGCUCUGUACGGAUCUUCUUCGCCGGUGCUUCAGCUCACUCCUUCUAAUUUCAAAUCUAAGGUUCUGAAUUCAAACGGCGUCGUUUUAGUAGAGUUCUUUGCGCCGUGGUGUGGUCAUUGUAAAUCUCUAACACCAACUUGGGAGAAGGUUGCUAAUACUCUGAAAGGUGUUGCUACUGUGGCAGCCAUUGAUGCUGACGCCCACAAGUCUGUCUCUCAGGAUUAUGGUGUGAGGGGUUUCCCAACAAUUAAAGUAUUUGUUCCAGGGAAGCCUCCGAUUGAUUACCAAGGAGCAAGGGACGCUAAUGCCAUUACUAAGUUUGUUACCAAGCAGAUAAAGGCGCUGUUAAAAGAUCGUUUGGAUGGUAAAGCAAGUGGCACCAAAAGUGGAGGAGGAUCCGGUGAGAAGAAAUCCGAGCCUAGUGUCUCCGUGGAACUCAACUCCAGCAAUUUUGACGAGUUGGUCACUGAAAGCAAAGAACUUUGGAUUGUCGAGUUUUUUGCACCUUGGUGUGGACAUUGCAAAAAGCUAGCUCCUGAGUGGAAAAAGGCUGCAAAGAAGUUGAAGGGGAAGGUCAAACUAGGUCAUGUCAAUUGUGAUGCUGAGAAGUCGAUACAGAGCAGAUUCGAAGUGAAAGGAUUCCCCACAAUCUUGGUCUUUGGUGCAGACAAAAGCAAGCCGGUACCAUAUGAGGGUGCUAGAUCUGCACCAGCCAUAGGGUCCUUUGCUCUGGAACAGCUAGAAUCCAAUGUUGGACCUGUUGAAGUAACUGAACUAACUGGGCAGGAUGUCAUGGAAGAGAAAUGUGGUCCUGCUGCUAUUUGCUUCGUUUCUUUCUUACCUGACAUUCUGGACUCGAAAGCGGAAGGAAGGAACAAGUAUCUAGACAUGGUAUUAUCAGUUGCAGGGAAGUUUAAGAGCGACCCUUACAGCUUUGUGUGGGUGGCUGCUGGGAAGCAACCUGAUUUGGAGAAGCGUGUUGGUGUAGGAGGAUAUGGGUAUCCAGCAAUGGUGGCCUUGAAUGCAAAGAAAGGAGCCUAUGCUCCACUUAAAAGCGGUUUUGAGGUUAAACACCUCAUAGAAUUCGUGGAGGAAGCUAAGAAAGGAGGAAAAGGGAAUUUGCCUAUAGAGGGAACAUUGGAGAUAGUGAAGACAGAAGCUUGGGAUGGUAAAGACGGAGAGGUGGUUGAUGCAGAUGAGUUCUCACUUGAAGAACUCAUGGGAGAUGAUGAUGCUACUGAGUCCAAGGACGAGUUGUGA